GACCACAUGUCAGAUUUUUGUGUGGGUGUCAGGAGCGUAUUGCCACCUAAGAGUGUUCAUGUAUCAUAACUCAUUUUUUAUAUUCUUCUAAACAUGUUCGCGAAAAAUUUCUAAGUCCAGUGGCUUUUCUUCUUAAUUCCAAUUUUUCAGAGGGGAAUAAAGAAGAAUCAAGAACAAUCACAAAGUGAGGGUUCUCUUUCCUUCCUCCGCUUUCUCUCACACUCUGCUCUUUUGAAUCGCUCAACUUCAUCAUCGACGGCACUUGAAGUUCAAACACACCAAUCAUCAACAUCAACAUCAACAUGCUUCCUCUUUCUCUUCUUAAGACUGCACAAGGCCACCCUAUGUUGGUGGAGCUGAAAAAUGGAGAGACAUAUAACGGGCAUUUGGUUAAUUGUGAUACAUGGAUGAACAUUCAUCUCCGAGAAGUUAUUUGUACCUCUAAAGAUGGAGAUAGAUUUUGGCGGAUGCCUGAAUGCUACAUACGAGGAAAUACGAUCAAGUACCUUCGAGUUCCUGAUGAGGUUAUUGACAAAGUUCAGGAAGAAAAGAGCCGUACAGAUCGCAAGCCACCUGGUGUGGGACGUGGUAGGGGUAGAGGUAGGGAGGAUGCUGCUGGUGCUGGUGGACGCCAAACAAAAGGCCCUGGGCGUGGUUUUGAUGAUGGUGGUGCUAGAGGAGCCGGAGGCCGAGGCAGGACUAGCCAAGGUGGAAAGCCUGGAGGAAGCAGAGGUGCUGGGCGGGGUAGAGGAUGAUCUAAGCAAAUGAUAUGAAGUGUGAACUACUUCCAAUGGGCCAGUUUGCUACAUUGCUCUACUUUCAGAGGCGUUUGUGCGCUUGUCUUUAUGCGUACCAGCAGCAGACUUCACUGCGUGUUUCAUGUUUCCUUGGAUUUUAGCAGUAUUUUUCUUGUAUUUAUCUACGGUCUCAAAAAUGUUGGUGCUAUUAUAUAUUAUUUGAGGAAGGAUUCUGCCAUUGCAUCAAUUUCUAAUACCUUCCAAUGACAGAAGUUUUUUUUUUUUCCUUUCUUUCUUGCAGUAAGAAGAGCACCCAACCAUGGUGUAUUUGGGAUGCUCCUUUAACAA